GCCUUCCUCCUCCUCCAGGGCUGCAGUCUGGCAAGAGGGGAGGCUCCAGCCAUGGCUCUGCAAGAGGGAAGCCCCAGCCAGAGCAACCUGGAGAUUGCUUUGGCUGAGUGCACAGCGGCGUUGAACUGCUUCCUGCGUAACCAGUUCAGUGAGAGCCUGGAGAUGCUGCAACCCAGGUCCCGAGAGAGCAUGUAUCAUGCCUUAAUCUAUGCCACUAUUCUGGAGAUGCAAGCCACGAUGACCUUUGAGCAUGAUGAUCUUGUCCAUGCUGCGCAGAUGAUGAAGGAGGCACAGGAUAUCUGCCAGAGGUUUCGAAGGAAAACCACUGUGGGCAGCUCCUUCUCCAGUCGGCAAGGUGGAGAUGCCUGUACUGAGGUGGAGCUGCAUGCUGAAGUGUGCUAUGCAGAAUGCCUGUUGCACCGGGCUGCCCUUACAUUCCUCCAGGACGAAAAUAUGGUGAAUUUUAUAAAAGGGGGAAUCAAGGUGCGUAGCAGCUACCUCAUCUACAGAGAACUCAACAGUUUCAUCCAACCCAGUCAGUUGCCGACAAGUUCUUCUCGUGUGCAUCUGGAGGGGGGAAUUGCCCUGGGCAUUGGUGCUUUCAACUUGACUCUUUCCCUUUUUCCACCUCGGAUCCUGAAACUCCUGGAGUUUGCUGGGUUUUCGGGGGACAAGGAAUAUGGCCUGCGACAGCUGCACCAAGGGGCCACCACAGGCAACCUGAGGGCAUUGCUUUGCACAAUGCUGCUUCUCUGCUACUAUACCUUCCUUACCUUCAUUUUAGGUAUUGGUGAAGAUGAUUUUACAGAGGCCGAGGCCCUACUGGGUCCAUACCUCUCCCGUUACCCUCAGAGUGCCAUUUUCUUGUUCUUUGCUGGGAGGAUAGAAGAAAUCAAAGGAAAUAUCAGUGAGGCCAUUAAGAAGUUUGAAGAAGGCUGCUCGGUCCAGCAGGCCUGGAAGCAGUUUCACCACAUGUGCUACUGGGAGCUGAUGUGGUGCUUUGCUUACAAAGGGAUGUGGAAGAUGGCAUACUUCUAUGCAGAUCUACUGAGCAAGGAGAACCGCUGGUCCAAGGCAAUGUAUGUAUAUAUGAAAGCUGCCUUCCUUAGUAUGCUGCCUCCAGAGGAACCUCGGCCUUUUGGUGAGGAAGAGGUCGAGCUCUUUAGGCAGGUUUCUUCCUUCAAGCAGAAGAUUGCAGGAAAGUCUCCACCCACAGAGAAAUUUGCCAUCCGCAAAGCAAGACGCUACAAAGCCAGCGAGUAUGUCCCCUUACCUGUGCCAGCCCUGGAGAUGAUGUAUAUGUGGAAUGGAUUCACAGUCCUAGGCAAGCGGAAGGAACUGCUAGAAGGGACUCUGGACACCCUGACACAGGCAGAGAAGCGACUACAAGAGGCACCAGCCAGUGAGUACCAGGUAGAUGACCAAUGUCUGGUGCUCCUCCUCAAAGGUCUAGUACUGAAGCACUUGCACAGUUCGGCUGAGGCUGAGGCCUGUUUCAGUGCUGUUCAUGGCAGUGAGAAGAAGAUCCGGUAUGAUCACUACUUGGUGCCCAAUGCACUUUUGGAGUUGAGCCUGCUGUGUGUGGCACAAGGUCGGAACGAAGAAGCUGUGCAGCUGCUCCGUCGGGCCAAGAACCACUACAAGAACUACUCAAUGGAGUCACGGACACUGUUCAGGAUCCAUGCUGUAUUGUCCAAACUCAAGGCCAGCCAGGAAGAAAAUGGUGCAGAUGGAGCCAGUCCUUCCUAGGGAAGCAAAGAGACAGACGGCUAUUCUUAUGAAUUCUUAUGAAUAUCUGGACCAAAGAGAGAAUCUGCCAAAGUACAAGAGCUUGGGAUGCUGUCUCUUUCCAUAGGUGGAUCUACAUGGAGGCCUAUGUAUUGUCAUCAGUUAUGCUACUUGGCUAUCAGUCUACUGUUUGAUACUUGGUAUGUGGGAUUUCAGCUCUCAAGACCAGGGAGCAGCUGGGGAAAUAUUGCUUGGUAAUUAAUGAAGUUGAAAGGAGAUGUCUGUCUUCAUUAAUCAAUCUCCUCUCUCAGGAUCCUUCAAAUGAGGACUAAGCCCUCUUCCAGUCUCAUGAUAAUUUGGGAACAGACUGAAAAGAUACAGUGCUCUCCACGUAACCUUUUUGGUUUUCUCUUUAGUCUUUGUUAGCCAUUCCUAUUCUGCCCUCCCUCCUUCUCUGCUUCUUUGCUCAAGAAGUCCCACACUAUACCAAGGUGGCCCUUCACAUUGCACUGGUAUUGAACUUAAGAGUGCGGUAACUUAGCAAAGACUCUCACUUUCGACUGGAAACUGUGUUUAUCUCAAGUACUGGAAACUCUACUCUCUGCUGUGGCCUUCUCUUUUACAAAAGUGCAGGGAGGGGUUGCUUUUAAAGAAAACUCACUGGGUUGGUACCCAUUCAAAGGACCUCUUUUUAAUCUUGUACCGGAAAAGGGAAAACAAGCUGUUUAUUGGCCCUUAAGGUUUACAGGUUCAGGCUCUUAAAGCAGGACAACAGAUUGUCAAUAUACACAUGGAGAUGGGUGAAUCGUUUAAAGACUUUCUGAAUGAAACCUCAAGUAGUAGCAGCUAGGCCUCAGAAACAGCUGUUUCAGAAUCCUCUCAAACAGCAAGAGAAGUGUGGACCGACUCCUUCCGUUGUUCUAGUGAAGACUCAGCACUUGCUCUUGUGUGUGAAGUUUUUAGUGCAGAUCAUCUUAAAACUGUUGGGUUUCUUAUCUGAAUCGUGUGCCUUUGAGUCAAUUUAUUUUAUCAGACUGUAGGAGUGAGUUCUGCAGAUUCGUGACAGCAAUCAAACACCAUGCACACACAUUUGAUUUGUGUUAGAUACUACUCUUCCUGCAGUACAACAGAUCUUGUGCACACAGUGGAAAUGAUUUGCCAUGUAUUUUAUUUACUCGGGGGUGCUAAUUAAGCAGUGUAUUGAAACCUGUGUGAAAGAGCCUGAAUUGGCUCUUUGCAAUUUUAGCAUUGCUCAUUUUAAAAGCACUUAGGUUGUAAAUUAAUUUAUAAAGUUGCAUGCAUGGUAGCAGAGCAGGAAGGCACGAAUGGGGGGAAGUUUCAUGUACCCUCUACUCCCAUGUUGUUGGGUCACUGCACUCUUUGGAAAUCAUUGCCCUUGUUAAAUGGGUCCUUUAGAAAAUCCCUUGCUAUGGAAGUCAUGGUGUUCUGAAAGCGCUCUCUCUUGCUGCUUUUGUUGGCUCUUUUCCCUUCCCCUAAUCUGUUGCUUCAUAAACAGAAAUAUUUAGGGGGAGCAACUGAAGUCUAUUCACUCAAAUGGCACUUUGUGUGGCACUAGAUCACAUUACAGCAGUACUUAACCUAAUAGUAUAUGAAGGUGCAGGCCUUUCAUUUAUGAGCCAGAUGAGGGUGGACUGAAGGUCUAAGAAAAGGUAAGGACUGAUUGUCUUUGAUUCAUGAUUACUGUAGCUUGAUCUCCCUUCUUCUUUGUAUGUAACCUGCCUUGCCACUGCUACCUUUUAGAGUACUUUGAAUUGCCUGCUUUUUGCUAAUUCAUGGAAACCAUUCACAAAUGUCUGCCUAGUGAAGGUUACUCCUAUUUUUUGCAUGUCCUCCACAGUUUAACCUAUCUAAAAAUCUCAUUUCAAAUGGAUAAAUAGCAUUCAUGCAUCAUGACUGGAUGCUAAUUUGGAACACACACAACAGGAAUUUGGCAUAAUCUGGAACAGACAGAGUUUUGCAACACCUUAAGUUUUAUUUGGCAUGAGGUAUCACAGACAGUGGUAUUUCAUCUGAUGCAGUCAGCAUUGGGCUGCUGUCUUUGAAAGUUUGUCAAAUCUUAGUCGCUCAUACUUUUGUUACUUUGGUUCCAAGAGACAACACAGAUACCUUUCAUGAGGUUUAUGACAGUGGCAUCUAGAUUAUACUAUACAUAAAUUUUAUUGUAGAUGAAAGUGUACUACAAGAGAUGUUCUGAAAUGAGGAGAGAUGCAAACAAUGUAGUCCUUGUGAGAAUUUCAGAAUAGGUAUUGGAAGGAGAUUAGCAGUAAACUGUGAGGAGUCAAAUGCUAGAAUGACUCUAUAUUAAAUUAACUCUACCUCGCUGGUGUUGCAAACUGUUAAUACAGUGACAGGUCCAGCCUUAGCAUAGCUGUCCUCUGCCUUAUAUAAAUUCUGUAUAACCUGUUUUGUAUAGCACUCCUAACUGCUUGCAAUUUAAUCCCCACACACACCACUUCUAUCCCUUCUCUUUUGGCAGUGUCAUGAACUGUAACUUGGCCCAGAAAGUGCCUCUUUCCCCUGCUCCAAGCCACUUGUACAAUCAACAAUGAAAUCCCACUUGAGCAUGGUCCUGAACUACUCCAAAAAGAACAAUCCAGGACUCCUGGGUGAUGGUGGGAGAUAGAAGGCUUCUUAUCUCUCAUAUUGUUGUUUUCUUGACAAAAAAUAUCCCAUCUUUAAUAGAAUCAGAGUUGGAAGAGACCACGCAGGAAUACACAAUCAAAGCAGUUUUAUUAUGACAUGUAGACUGCACUAAAUCCCUACUAUUUGUACAAUAAGAACCUGGGCCUUGUAAUAUGAAUGUAUAUGAGAAAAGGUGUUGUUUUGCAAUGUGAGAUUAAGGAGUUAUCACAUGAUCUAAGUGAUAACCCCAUCCAGUUGUCAUUCAUCAGGAGUAUUAGGCACUCCUUGCUGCCAACUGAUUAUUAAACUGAAGUUGUUAUAACUCUUGGAUAAAGUCACAUUACAAAAUGAGCUGCAUUUCUUGCCAGAUUAGCAAGGAGUAACUCACUGCUACAGUUUAGAACCUUGAGCACACCUCACAUAAUGGAAUAAAAACAUGUUCACACAGAUCACUGUUGCUGCUACCACCAAAAAAAAAGGAUAAAAGGUUCUAGCUAAAAACAAAACAUGUUAAUAACUGAAUUAUAAUUUUGGUCUUUUAGCUGUUGAGAGAAAUCUUUGUUCCAUCACUAGCUGAUUUUAA